AUGUCAUCGAAAGUGUCUCUUCUAUUGCUUCUCGGACUGUUUCUCAGAGAAACAAACUCUUUAUACAGCGGCGAAGAGAAUCGCAAAUAUAUUGCACGCUUAAGUGACCAGGAUCCACUGAUUGAUGAAUGUACCUCAAUGCCAAGAGUUGGCAAUCAGCUUAAGCUAGAGUCAGUUAUACGUGCCAUAGUCAAUGGCGAAUGGGAGCGUGUUGAAUUGGUGCAUCGAAUGGCGAAUGAAGCAUGUACUUUGGAAUUGAAGCACGAUAUCUACGAGACUUUGUGGCUAGAGUGGCAGCAGGAUAAACAUGUCUACGAUCCCUUCAAGAUACUCGAUUUUUAUAACCAACUCAAUAAUCAGUCGAAUGUGCCGACAACAUUACUGCAAAAGGUUUAUCAGACUUUCGUCUCUCGCAUCGCCCAACUGCUCUCGAUGCCCUUUCACAUCGACAGCCCAAAUACCGAAUUUCCAUUGGUUACAAAGCUACUCUUACAACUGAGUCAAAGCCCACAAAGUUACACACGUGACAUAUUGGAGACUCUGUUUGAUGCUGUACUGACGUUGGAAUCCCCACUGAGUGUGGCUCAACGUCUGGACAUCUUCAACGCUAGCAUCACACAAUUGACAAUGGCAAACUUGCAAUUGCUGAAUCGCAGUGAGGUUCGCAUCAAUUCGAGUGCUAGCACAAUCUUAAUGGACAAUCUCCGUCAGUUGAUCAAUCGAUUGGAUUUCACAUUUGAAGAGGAUUACUCAUUAUUGCUUAAGGUGUACCGACUGCUUCCGUCUGAAAUUGGUUUGCUCUUCAUCGCCCAGAAAGUGUGCUUGCGUAAGGCAAACAACGACAACGAAUACCUUUAUGAGUGCUCAGGUCCCUCGAAUAUGUGCACCAAAACGCGAAACCAAGAAUAUGCGUCUUUCGUGGUUAAACGCCAACAUAAUGAUGCCAACAAUAGAACACAGUUUGCCUUCCAGAAUCCAUAUUGGGAUGAUCGGUAUUUAGAACUCUGGACCGACGGAAACGUGUACAGCUCGAGCAAUAUCUACUGGUUGCAUGUGAUGCCGGUGCAAGACGGCGUGGCAAUCUACGAUGCUGCCACAUCGACUUCGAUGAUCUGUGGCGGCGACCCAGCGCAUUGGUCGGGAAAUCUACAUUAUGCAUACGUUGUGCUCGCAGAGGAUUUUGAUGCCCAUCGAGACGAAUGCACUUGGAUCAUCGAAGAUUGCAGCUAUUAA